CCCUGCUAUUUCUUUUUUCACAUAGGUUUCUAUAAAACACAUUCAGGCACCUCCCUAAUUGCUUCAGAGAAGCCUAUAACUGCUUGAGAAAUAUUACUUUAUCACUAUUAUCUAGGCUGCCAGGCAAAGCAGUAUUUCUGUAAGGAUUUAACGCGCUAUCAUCAAGAAAGCAACCAUGUUGGUCCUGCUGGCUGGUAUCUUUGUGGUCCAUAUUGCAACAGUGAUUAUGCUCUUUGUUGCCACCAUUUCCAAUGUUUGGUUGCAUGCUGUGCCAGGUGGCGGUGCUCUUGGAUCUCAGGGUAUCUGGAUGGAUUGUGCUGGGAUAUGCAAAAGUAUAUUCGAUAGUAUUUCUCCAGCAAAUGCUGCCUCCAUGAGAGCAGUCGAAGCCUUUAUGAUCCUGGCCAUUAUCUUUUCCUGCAUUGCCCUGUGUGCUUUCAUUGGACAACUCUUUACGCUGGAAAAAGGAAGUCGUUUCUACAUCACUGGGGCUCUAAUGCUUGUUUGCUGGCUGUGCAUACUGAUCGCCAUUUCCAUCUACACAGCCAGAUUUGCAAAUGCAAGUCCCGACUAUUACCAAGCAUACUGCUUUAUACUGACCUGGAUCUGCUUUGUUUUCAGUUUCAUUAUUGGCAUUCUCUACCUAGUGCUCCGGAAAAAUUAACCAUCAAGUCCCAUACAGCACUUAAACUAGCAGCAACCCCAACUGAUACAGUGCAACUCACAGGCACAUAGGCACACUGCAGGAAAACCACUCUUUUUAUUUUUUGAAUAGAAAAAUCAAGUUGAUGUGAUGAUGUGGCAAAAAUAUUCAUAUGCCCUAUGUAGUACAAAGUAGAAUCUCAAAGUCAUAUUCAGUUAACUGUCACAAGACAAUUAUAGUCUCCAUACUGCAGUGACCUUAUACCAAGGGGGUUAAUUUGGAUUUUAGGGGGUUUGCUUGUAAACAAUUAAAAAAAAAAUUAGAAUUUGAUUUUGAAAUAAGUAAAGUAUUUUUGUUAUUUAAAUGUAUUUAAACAAUAGUUAUUUCUGGCAAUGCCACUGCUUCACUGCCAAACACAACCUCUUAUUCUGUUAGCAGACAUGGGUCCCAUGCAUAGAAGUCAUUUCCCACAUUUCCCACAAGAACCUCAUCUGCUGUUAAAGAUUCUUUAUAUAAGCAUUGGUAAAACAUAUACUUACUCAGGCCUGCUUGUAUUGACUAUAAAGAUAUAUGAGCUCAAGUGAAGUUAACCUCACAUUUUAUAUUAUCCUCUUAAAGGGUAUUUGCCAAGUUAAGAAUAUUCUGUUGUUUUUAUGAAAAUGUAUUAAUAAACAUACUCACUUCCAUGUCUUGUAUACGGGCCCAAGAAACAGUAAAGGUCAUCUGUAUAUUUGUUAGCAUUCACAAGUAUUGGUAAAAUGCAGAAUAUAGGGCAUAUGAAGUUUAGCCAGUGACCUGGAGCAAAGUUUGUGCUGAUAAAAAUGGCCACUAAAUGUAUAACCUGUGAAUAAACCUCAUUCAUCUUUG